AUGAAGUUCUUCAAGAAGCGCGACAAGAAGAAGGCCGCCUCGGAGAGCGACUUUGCCAGCUACCCGCACCGCCCCAGAGGCUUCAGCAGCGGCUCUCCCCCGCACGGCCAGAGCCAGAGCCAGAGCCAAUUCUUAGCUCCCGGCUCGCCGCCACGCUUCCCGACUCGGCGCUCCGCCCAGGCCCUCGCCGCCCUCCCGCCCAACGUCCUCGCCCGCAUCUUUGCCUUCGUCUGUCCUCACUCCCAGGACGAGACCUACGAGACCUGCGAGCUCUCCGGCCUCGGCAAUGCCUGCAUGCUCUGCGACAUACGCGACCUCGCCCACUGCGCCUUGACCUGCCGGCGCUGGAGGAAGGAGGCCGUGAAGCAGCUCUAUCACAGCGUCCGAAUCGAGACAGUCCACUACUGCGACCGCGAGAUCUACUUGUCUGACAAGCGCAAGCGGCGCACCUUCUUCGACCGCAAUGGCGAGCCCGAAGACGUGGCCCAGGCGCGUCUCAAGCUGCUAUGCCGAACCCUGCGUGAAGAUCCAGCCAGGCUCGGCCCGAUCGUCGAGUUCUUGAAGACCCCAUACAUGCUGCGAGAGUCAUGCCAGGCCGACCUGGCUCGUACCAUCGCCGUCCUGCCCAACCUCCGCUAUGUCGACCUGCCCGAGGGUCUCUUCAUGGACGAGCCCCCCUUUUUGACACUGCGACUCGAGGUCCAGGCCAGGUGUCACAAUCUGAGAAAGAUGACCUUUAUGGGAGGCGCAGAGCGCAGCUUGGAGGACUUGGCCGGCGGGAGGAUCUGGCCGAACCUGGAGGUUCUCGAGUUGGUCAAGGUGAACAUGGAGCCGCUCCACCUGCGCCAUGUUCUGGGUGCCCUGCGAAACCUGCGAGCGCUCAAGGUGACGGAUACAAACGCCUUCGGAGACCAGAUAUUCAUGUACAACGACAUGGUCCCCGACUUUCCUCCUCUCGAGGAGCUCGUCUUGAAAAGCGUACCGCAUAUCACUGCCGAAGGAUUCAGAGAGUAUCUGCGGCGGGCGGAUGCGCGCAUGUCGCUCAAGCUCCUCUCCCUGACCGCCACGGGCGUCAAGCCCUGGCAUCUGCAGGCCAUUCUGGGCCUGGCACCUGCCCUCAGGCACCUCACCAUCGUCGAGACGGUGACGGCGGCCCUGCCCAUCGCGGCGGGAACCCAGAAGAUUGUACCUCUGGCGUCCGGCUCCCUGAGGACCCUCAACUACGAGAUCUCGGCCGACUCGUCGAGCAACCCCUACGCCGGCAUCACCAGCUCCUACUACACCUACCUCUCGGGCUCGCUCCACUCCGGGGGUCUCCCCAGGCUGCGGUCGGUUUAUGUGCGCGACCCAGACUUUCAGAACCUGCUUCUCGGCCUGCCGCCGCCGAUGCCGGGCUUCGCGGACGGCGGCUCCCGCCGCCCUGCCUCCAGCGGCUCCUCGUCGUCCUACACCUCGGGCCGCAGCCCCAUCAGCCUCGGCCCGGUCGUCUCGGCCAACGGCCUCCUCUCGCCGCACCACUCCCCCGGCUUCGCCCCGCCGCAGCACUACGGCCAGCCGCCGUUCGGCAGCUCUCAGUCCCCGCCCAAGUCGGGCUUCGCGUCCCUGCAGCAGCAGCACCUUUCGCAGCAGCAGCAGAACCCGCGCUUCAGCAGCAACAACCCGUUCGCGUCGAUGAUCGCCCCCAAGCAGGUGCAGACCCUCGAGGUCUACGUCAAGGGCGACGACGACCUCGACUGGAGCAUGGUCAUGGUCUCGCCCGACGGCCCGCUGCUGGGCGGCGGCCCGGGGGGAGGAGGAGGAGGCGGUGACGACUCCGGGGGCCGGCCGACGAGCAGCUACGGCCUCGGGGCGGACGUGGCGGUCGGCGCGGGGGCUAGGAGGAGCGUCUUUAUGGGGGACGGGUCCGGGUCCUUCCUGGCGGUGCCGGAUUUACCGGUCGGCGGCGGCGGCCCGAGGCGCGGGAGCGGCGCUGCGGCGGUGGACGAGUGGCCGAGGCCGAAGAGCUCUGCUGGGGAGAGGAAGAGGGAGAGGAUGGAUCUGUGGAGGUGA